AUGGUAAAAUCAGUUCCAGUUCCCUUGGUAGACCUCGACUUUGGUACCGAUCCCCUUUUCAGCUUUAGUGCACAUCCAAGCGAAAAUGCUCUUGUCGUUGGUUCGGGCACUGGACAGGUCAAGUUGCUGAGAUAUGACGUUGAAAAGUUGGAAAAUCAUAUAUUUCACUCUGCAGACAAAGAGUGCGCCCAGAUCGAUGUCAGAGCCAAGGAGCUUCAAGGUUCGGACUGCGUCACUAUGGGAUGGCGCACAAAGCGACACCAGGGUAGUUGCAGAUCCAUUAUAUUCGACCCAAAGGGUGAGUAUGUGUACUCCGCUGGUCUCGACAAGCAGAUAAAAAAAGCCAAAGCAGAAACAGGCGUGGUGGUCGCAAAAUCAGAAAUCCUUGCUUCCAACAUCACCAAGAUCUUAACUGUUCCUAACAAAGAUUUUCUGAUAGUGGGAACGGAGGAUGGUGAUGUUCUCUGUCUUGACUCCAACACCCUGAAGCAAACAUACCAAAUAAAAAAAGUCCACGAGGAUGCAGUCAAUUCUAUAAACCAUUACGUGCCAAAAUCUGAUUAUCAGUUUGUCACCACUGGGUCCACGACUCUCUCGCAUAUAGACAUCAGGAAGGAACAACCUCUGCACCAAAGUGAAGACCAAGAAGACGAGCUCUUAUGUUCUUCAUGGUUGGAUCCUACCAACCCCAAUACCAUGCUCUGUGGAAUGGGAGAAGGUGUGGUCACUGUGUGGAGGCCUGAAAUGAACGAUUUUGCGGACCAAAUCUCCAGAGUCCGCAUCAGCAAGGAGCCUGUGGAGUCUCUUAUUUCUGCACUGGAUAGCGAGGGCGAUCAUUUUUGGGCGGGUUCAUUUGACGGAACCGUCUCGAGGGUUAACAUCAGAUCGGGAAAGGUGGUUGAAAAAAGAGUGCAUAGCGAGACUGACGAGGUGUCAUUUUUGGACCUUGAUCAUGAGUACAGAUUGAUAAGUGCGGGGAUGGAUAGAUUAACUAUAUGGAAGGAAGCUGGGGAUGUCGAGUCUAGCAGCGACGAGGAGGAUGAGAAAGAUUUUGACGAGUCUGCUAAAAGUGAAGACCUCAGUUCAGAGGAGGAGGAGGAAUGGACAGGUUUUGGUGAUGACGAAGGGUCUGGCAACGAGCCUGACGUUUCGUCUGCGUCGUUUGAAGAAGAAAUUGACUCAGAUUCAGAUUCAGCUUCAGAAAAUUCUGAUUCUAACGAUGACAGGCCCGUUGUGCCUUUGAUCGAAAUCAAAGAAAAGCUUCUUGCUCAGCUGGAAGACUCCGACGAGGAGCCGCCUAAAAAACGUAAGAAGCACGUGAAAAAAGAGACCAAGAAGCAAAAAGCACACACGCAGGAGCAUGGGAUCAGGAAAUUCGACGGUCUGUAA